CCAUUUGACCUUCUCUUGGCAAUUACUGGGCCCCAGGGAGACUGUAGGGCAUGUGUAGCAAGAAACUGCCAAACUACACUAGACCACGGACUAUAGACUGUACCAUGCUGUCAGGAUGGAUUCAGAGACAACCAAUGGAUGAAGUGCAGCCCAUACUUCUAAAUGUUGCCUUACUGUGCACAGCUGUUCUCGAUUGAAGCAGAACAUUCGGCUCCAUGGACAAGAAGGUUGUACUCAUCACAGGUUGCUCCUCAGGAAUUGGUCUCAGCCUGGCUGUUCGGCUAGCCUCUAAUCCCGACAAAACAUUUAAAGUCUAUGCCACGAUGAGAAACCUGGCCAAGAAGGAGCGUCUUUUAGAGAGUGUGAAAGGCCUGCACAGAGAUACCUUGGACAUACUCCAGAUGGACGUGACCGGCUGGCAGUCCAUCCUGGAUGCGAGGGACAGGGUUGUGGAGAAACGAGUGGACAUUCUGGUGUGCAAUGCUGGUGUGGGUUUGAUGGGGCCGCUGGAGGUGCAGUCCUUGGACUCAAUGAGGCAGAUUCUAGAGGUCAACCUCCUUGGUACCAUCCAAACCAUCCAGGCUUUCCUGCCGGACAUGAAGGCUCAGGGCAAGGGCCGCAUUCUAGUCACUGGCAGCAUGGGCGGGCUUCAUGGUCUUCCUUUUAAUGAGGUGUACUGUGCCAGUAAAUUUGCAAUAGAGGGAGCAUGUGAGAGUUUGGCUGUCCUCCUGCAACACUUCAAUAUCCAUGUGAGUCUCAUUGAGUGUGGUCCGGUCAACACUGACUUUCUGGUCAACCUGCAGAAGGCAGAGCUCGGGGAUGCGUCUCUCCAACAAGUUGAUACCCAGACACUCGGCCUCUAUGAAAAAUACCUGCAGCACUGUGGCUCUGUUUUCCAAAAUGCAGCACAAGACACAGAGGACAUUGUAAAGGUAUUUCUCGAGGCCAUCCAGUCACCCAGCCCUGCAUUCAGAUACUUCACCAGCGGUGUCAUGCCACCUCUCGCCAAACUGAAGAUCACUGAACCAGAUGGCUCGCGGUACAUCAGUGCCAUGGGCAAAAUCAUUUUCUCAGCUGAGGAACAAUAAUUGUACAUGUUCCUUGUUUUCAGCCAGGCCAGCCUGUUAUGUGCAGACCUGUCUUUCUUUUACUUUAUCUGUAGAGCUUAAUAUUUUGCUCAUUCAUUUUUUAUUUCUGAUAUAAAGUUGACACACUCUGACUCACUGUGGUUGCUCAACUGGAAAAGGCAGUACGUUCAGAGAUUGGUGAGCAGAGUUCACAGCAGGGAGCAACUCCAUGUUUCUAUUUUUGGAUGCCACCAAUAUAAAAAUUUAAAAAAGAGAGAGAUUUUUUUCUGAGAAAUAUUUCAUAAGGAUCAUUCUUCGAUCAACAAAACAUCUUUUGCAUUCCUUGUGUUUGAUAGUGUUCUCAGCACACUGGUCAGUAUACUUCCACUAAGAUAGGCAAGCUUCUGGACAAAAUUAUGAGAAUAGUUUUGAAUGUAAUAGUUAGUGAAAGGAGAAUGUGCAUGAUUUUAACAUAAAUGAAUUAUAUUGCAUGUUUAACUUCUUUUCUAGUAUUUGCUGUAUCGCUUGUCUUAGCAUGCCCUUCGAGAGAUAAAUGAAUAAAGUAUGCAAAGUGAAGUGAAAUGAUUUUGCAAAAAUAAUGUGUAUUAACACUCACUGUAGAUUGUGUUGUACAAGCGUGAGAAAGUAUGUGAUUUAAUGAACAAUCGGGAGAUACAGUAUAAGCACGAAGUCGGAAAAUAUCCUUUU